AUGUCUAAGAAACUUCAAACUCAGUCAAUAGAGGAAUUGUUGGGUCUACCACCAAAAAUUAAAGAAAUCCCAAGAAAUGAAAGUAUUAAUAAUAGACCAAUCUCACGCAGAGGUAGAAAUUUAGAAGAAAAAGACAAUUAUGUUGAACAAUUAUUUAAUAAUGGUAGUGGUAAUAAUUCUGCAAAUGAUACUGGAAGAACAGGUAUUCAAUCAAAAAGUAAUUUAGAAUUUGUUAAUUUUGAUGAUCCGUCAACUAAAAUAAGUCCAAAUUCUACUUCUUCUAAUAGUUUAAUAUAUAGUGAUGAUUCUACUUCAACAUCAAGUGAUGAUGUUACUUCAUCAUCAUCUGAAAGUACAAAAAAUGAAAAUAAUAUUAAAUAUUUACAGCCAUCAAACAGAUUUUCUACUUUAAUUGAAAGUAGUGAAAGAAAUAUUGAAAAUACUAUUAAUACACAAUCCGAAAAAAAUGUAGAUAACCCACCAUUUCCGGUUCAAAAAGUAAAUAUAAAUGAUAAAAUAAAUGAAACAAAAUUACCUGGAAAAAACUUAAUAAGAAAAGUAAUAAAACCAAAUAGUGCCUCAAUGGUUGAAAGAAAUUCAAAUUUAUUGUUAAAAAAAAGUAACUCAAAUAUAAGAAUUUUAGAUAGUGAUAAUAAAAAUAUACACAAGAGAACAUCUCUUUCUCAUAAUGAUAUGUUAGAAGAGCAAAAAAAUGACAAGUUAGAACGUUCAAAGACUUGUUAUGAUGCUUGGUUAAAAAAAAAAAAACUUGAAGCUUUGAAAAAAAAAGAAAUAUUAGAUAUUGCAAAGAAAAAAGAAGAAGAAGAGAAGGAAAUGAAAAUGAAAAUGUCAUUAAAAAUUUAUGAAAAAUGGAAAAGUGACUAUGAAGAAAAAAUGAAAAAAGUAAAUUUAGAAAGAAAAAAUAAAAUUGAGAAUGAAAAUAGAAAGAAGGAAGAAGAAGAAAAUAAACGUAAAGAAGCUAAAAAAAUGUUUUUAGCAUGGAAAAAAGAACAUGAAGAUAGAAUUAAAGAACAAUUAAAAAAAAAAGAAGAAGAAAAGAAAAUGAAAGAACAAAAAAUGAAGGAUGAAAAGACAGAAAAAAUAAAUGAGUCGAUAAAAGCUUUUGAAGCAUGGAAAAAUCAAAAAGAAAAAGAGAUGGAAGAAAAUAAAAGAAAAAAUAAAGAAAAAUUGACUAUGUUAAAAAAAAGAAAAAAGGAUGAAAAGGAGUUUAAAGAUGCUAUUGCAAAAGAAGCAUUUGAAAUUUGGUUAACAAUGAAGGAACAAGAAAAUGAAUAUAAAAAAUCUUUAGCUUAUAAAAUAGAAAGCUUUGAAAAUGAAACUAAAAAAAAAUUUAAAAUUCCUUGGAUUCCUCCAAGUAACACAAUUCCCAAAUCUAUAAAUGACAGAUUAUCAAGAUCAUCUUACAAUUUGUCGAAAGAAAGCACUACAAAAAAUGGAAAAAAAAAAUUAAGAACAGAAAGUUCUAAGAUUUCAUCUUUUAAUGGAAAAAGACAAACAUUAUCAAAUUCUAUAAAAAGAACAAAGUCGGUUUCUUUUCUACCAUGGAGAUAA